AUGGAAGAUAAAGAAGAUAGAGAAAAAAGAAGUGGUGAUAGAGAUAAAGAUAGAGAUAGAGAUCGUGAUAGAGAUAGAGAUCAUUAUAGUGGUAGUAGUAGUAGUAGUAGCAGUAGUAGUAGAAGAGAUAGAGAUAGAGAUAGGGAUAGAGACAGAGAUAGGGAUAGAGAUAGGGAUAGGGAUCGUGGUGGUGGUGAUCGUGAUAGAGACAGAGAUAGAGAUAGAGAUCGUGAUAGAGACAGAGAUAGAGAUCGUGAUAGAGACAGAGAUAGAGAUCGUAGUAGUGAAAGAAAUAGAGGAGGAGGUGAUUAUUCAAGUAGAAAAAGAAGUAGAUCUCCAAGUGCUCGUUCAAGCACAAGAAGUGAUCCAUUCACAACUACACCAACAUCUAGAAAAUCAUCACUCUGGGACAGACAACCCGACCCAAAUGAAGUCAACCAACAAUCACCAACUCACCAACAACAACAACCACAACCACCACCACACCAACAACAACCACCACAUCAACAUCACCAACAACAUUACCAACAACAACAACAACAACAACAACAACAGGGAGGAGGAGGGUUCCAACAAGGAGGAGGAUUCCAACAGGGUGGGGGAGGAUUCCACCAAGGAGGAUUCCAAAACAACAACAACAAUAAUAAUAAUAAUAAUUUUAAUAAUAAUAAUAAUGGCGGAUUUAACCCAAUGUUUCAACAGAAUCAAAUGUUUAUGCAGCAACAGCAAUUACAACAACAGCAACAAUUACAACAACAGCAGCAACAAAAUAAUCAAGAGACACCACAAAAAAAACAAAGUAGAAGAAUUUAUGUUGGUAAUAUUCCACCAGGUAUAUCAGAUUCAGAGUUGAUGGAAUUUUUUAAUGCAGCUGUAUUGGCAGCAAAUUUAAAUACAAAACCUGGACCACCAGUGGUGUUUUGUCAAAUUAACGCACCUAAAUGCUUUGCAUUUAUAGAGUUUAGGUCACCAGAGGAGGCGACAAAUGCAAUGAGAUUCGAUGGUAUUUCAUUAAAGAAUUUCACAUUGAAAAUUCGUAGACCAAAGGAUUAUCAAUCGACAUCUGAUAACACUGGUGGCAAUGCGUCAUUGUUACCAUCGAUUGUGCCAACCAAUGUACCAGAUAGUGAGAAUAAAAUCUAUGUCGGUGGUUUACCAUCGAAUUUAUCAGAGGAACAAGUUAAAUCAUUAUUAUCAGCAUAUGGUAAACUAAAAGCAUUCAAUUUGGUAAAGGAUACCAAUACUGGUGUAAGUAAAGGUUUUGCAUUUUGUGAAUAUCAAGAUUCUGAAGUAACUGAUGUGGCAUGUUCAAAAUUGAAUGGUAUACCAUUAGCUGAUAAAACAUUGGUUGUACAACGUGCAAGUAUUGGUUCAAAACCACCUGGAGACGCAUCUAAAGGUGGUGAUGUUACACAACAACAGCAUCAACAACAACAGCAACAACAAUCAACAAGCAAUGGUAGUGGUUCAAUGGUUUUACCCCAUUUAACUGGUGCGAAUAGUAGUUUAAUGGAGGAUCAAGGUGGUGGUGGUGAUAGUUUACCAAAUGGCGUUGAUCCAACAAUUGCUGGAUUAUUAAAUUUAAAUAUACCGGUUGCUCAAACAUUAAGUAUAAUAAGAACAAAUCUUUUAAAUAGUAGUGUAAGUGGUGGUGGUGGUACAACAAAUGGUACGAUUACACCUGACAACAAUACGAAACCAUCUUGUGUCAUUCAAAUUUUAAACCUCGUCGAUAGAGAGGACAUUUUUGAUGAUAAAGAAUAUGAUAAUAUAUUAAUCGAUGUAAAAGAAGAAUGUGAACAAUUUGGUGAAGUGCAAUCAAUUUGGUUACCUUUACCAUCUAAAAAUCCAUUAGAAGUCACAAGAGUUUAUGUUGAAUUUUCUCAAGUAGAAUUUGCUCAAAAAGCUUGUUUAGCCUUAGGUGGUAGAAAAUAUAAUGGUAGAGUACUUUUCUCUGCAUAUUAUCCUGAAGAUUUAUUUUUUAAAAAUUCACAACAACAACAACAACAAUCAUAA